AUGACGAAGCCUCCUGUGCCCUGCUCCGACGAGGACCACCCUCCAUCGCCUCCUGACCUCCUUUGUGCGAUCCAGAAGCAGGGAGCUCACCGCGUUGACGGCAAGGGGAACCAGAAAGAGGCAAACCGUCCGCUGAUCGAGGAUGAGGACGAUUUCGAGGCCAUCAUCAACUUCCCAGAUGGAGACUUCGUCCGUGCGACGAGCCAAAGUAAGGAGACCGCCUCUACCGUGGACACUGUCAACUCAUCCUGGGACAGUGCAUCCUGGCGGCGUGAUCUGCCUGCAGGAACUGUCAUCCAACCGGAUCGCAGGCUUCAUGAGCGUCACGUCCGCAAAAUGAAUCGCUUCCUGCAGGAUGUGGAACUCGCACCCAAGACUUUCAGUGGCAUUGUCCGCAACAGGCGGCGGGCUGAAUGA